AUGGGUGUUGUAGUUGGGUUGAUGAAAUGUUUAAUGUAUUAUAAUUGUUUGGGAAUGUGUUGGUUUAAGAAUGGUGAUGGAGUGAAGGAUGAGUUGCUGCUAAUUGUGGAUGUUACUGAUGGAUAUGAAGAUGGUGGGGAGGAUGAUGUAUCUUUUUAUGAGGAGGGAUUAGAGAGUGUGGGAUUAGUGAGUGAUGAUGGAUUAAGAGAAGGUGAGGUGCAGGAGGAUGAAGAGGGGGAAGGGUUUGAGGUUGAGGAUAAGGAUAAGGGGGCAGAUUACGAGGAAGAUGAAGUUGAGCCUUGUGUUGAAGGGGAAUUUGAUGGGACUGGUGCAGAAGGUCCCUCAUUCAUAACCCCAAAGAAGAACACGAUAAUGGUGCACAUUGUGUUUGGUGUGGAAGAGGAAGUACUACCCCCAAGUUUGGGCAUGGUAUGUGGGAGUUGGGAUGAGUUGGAUACCUAUUUCUGGAGUUAUGCUAGGCAAAAGGGUUUUGGUAUAGUGAGGGUUGCUUCUGGGUGGGUGGAUGUGAAGAAGGAAUUGGAAAAGGGGAAGUGUUGUAAGCAGAGAAGGAAUGCAAAGUGGACUUGUGAUUGUUAUGGUUACGCUUCAAGGAAGCGUAAACAGGAUGCACUUAAGGAAGGGUUGUUGCAAGAUGAGGAGACAGUUCAGAAACGGAAGACUAUAAAGUGCGGGUGUCCUGUGGAGUUAUAUGCCAGUGUAAAUGAGCAUAAAGGUCACAUUGUUACUCCGAAAAAGUCAAAGGAUGUAGCGAUGUACCGGAAGCACGAGUCAAUGGUGCAAAACAAUCACUUGGUGAAGCAGGUGCAUACGGCGAAGAAGUCUAAGGUGAAGGUAUCCCAAAUGUACAAUUGUUAUGCUCGGGAGCGUAAUGGAGUGGAGGAGAUGACAUUUACGCAAAGAGACUUGGAGAAUGAAGUGGCUCAGAAAAUGAGACUUGAGCUUACUGAGGGUGAUGCGAAUGACAUGAUAGAGUACUUCAACAAAAUGAGUGCCGACAAUCAGAAUUUUUUCCAUCUAUGUCGGUUUGGGAAGGACGGGGCAUUAAAAGAUAUUGUGUGGGUAGACGCGAGGAGUAGAGCUGGGUAUGAGGAGUUUGGAGAUGUUGUGUGUUUUGACAGUACGUAUUUGACAAACAAAUUUCACCUUCCCUCUGCUGUGUCUAUCGGUGUGAACCAUCAUGGGAAGAGUAUUUUGUUUGGAUGUGCUUUGAUCUCUCGGGAGACGGCGGAGACCUAUGAGUGGGUGUUGAGGACUUAG